GCGAGGAGAAGGGGAGGUAGAGAACGUCGUGAGGCACCUGUCUGUCUACAAAAUGGAUGGCUCUCGUCCGACUGAAGGAGAUCAGGCCGACGAACUGGCGCCCUCGUCUGGUGCGGCAAGUGGCGCUGCAGCCGACGCCUGUCUGUCUGGGGUUGUGCCUUCGCUUUCGCCGUCCACAGCGCAUCACACAGAUCCCGCUGGUUUCGGUGGAGGCAGCUCCUCCUCGUCUUUGUACAUUGCCUUGUUGCGCGAGUGGCGGUUCUUUCUCUGUGGGCUCACCAGUGGAGUGGCGCAAGCGGCGGCCUUCACGCCUGUUGAUAGAGGUGGGUAUGUUGGUCAGCCUGUGCGUGCACUAGAUGGCCACCAGAUCUGUGUUGUCCAACUCUCUAUGUGUAUGUGCAGCAUUGUAUCUUUCGGUGAGGGAUCGGCGGCCGUUUCUGCAUCGGCAGAACUGGGUUGACCCAUACCAGGGCUUCCUGCAGACCAUUGUGCACAGAGCCGUCAGUGGAGGCCUCUACUUCCCACUCGGUGACCAGCAGGGCGGCAUGACAGGCACCACUAUUGGCCACUCAUUCAUCAGUCGAGUGUCUAUGUGUGUGUGUGCAGAGAGUCUGUUCAAGCCGGUCGUUGAGGAGCUGUUGAGGUCGCAGGAUGACGAUCGGCCGCUUGGGGCGUGCGCGUACUUCCUCGCGGUGAGGAUGUUCAUGCACACAUAAAGGCAUUAGCACAUGGAUGCGAUGCGUUGCGUUGAUGAACCUACAGGGAAACGCUGCUGGAGUGACCAAUGCGCUUCUGCUACACCCCUUGGCAACGGUCAAGUACGCGUGUUGGGGCCAGCCAGCGGAGGGCGGGCGGUUCUGGCCGGUGGUGCGGCACAUCUACUCGGAGGGCGGGGUGCGGCCCUUCCUCAGAGGCGCAUUAGCCACUGUCAUGCGAGAUCUCACCUUCGGGGUCAGUCAGAGAAUGAAAUGCACACCAAAUCAUCACGAGAAAACAUGCCUGCCUCCGGUCGUCACGUGUCGUGUCUGUCAUUCACUACCUAGGGUCUGUUUGCGGCCAUUCGCCAUCCGAUGACCCGGUUCGCUUUGCGGACGGAGCGGGAGAUCAAGGAGCGCAUCAUCCGAGCACGCAGCUCAUCUCCAACAGCGGCAGCCGUCUUCCCCUCCCUCUCCCUCCCCCCAACAACACACACACACGCCCCCGCAUCAUCCCAGCCAGCAGCUGCUGCAUCCCUCACAGACCUGUCCAUCGGUGACCGUCCCCAUUCUCCUGCGGACGGGGGCAUGGCUGCCCCCUUGCUGCCGUCACCUGUUUCUGCGCGCCAUCACAGCCCUGUGACGAGGAGUGGUCUUGAGGAGGACCGGCCGGUGGACCAUCAGCACGGCAAGGAGCUCGAUUGGCGGAGGAAGAGGGAGAGGGAGAGGGAGCACCCCCAACACCAACACCACCAUCAUCAUCACCACAGGCAUGGCAGGGGCGGAGCGGGCGACGAGAAGCCUGGCCUGACAUUCUUCGUCAUCAACUCGUUCGCGGCCAUGAUUGCUGUGGCCGCCAGCAGCCCGUUCAACUACAUCCGGUAGGUGGGCGACCACAGACAGACAGGCAGGCAGACACCAACGAGGGUGUCCGUCCAUCUACCUCUCUCUUGUCGUGCCUGCCCUGCCCUGCACAGGAACAUCAAGUUCGCGAUCCCGCCAGGACAGCCCACACCGUCGGGCCCAGCCAUCCUGAGAGAGUUAUGGCGCGAAUCCAUCGAGGAGGGCGCCAAACUCGCCGCGGAGCGCAGGCAGCUGAUCCAGGACAUGGGGAGUCGGCCGCCGCCCUCCCUGCCGGUCUUCAUGAAAGUGUUGGCCCAGCACCCGAUACGCGUGGAGGUGUCGCGGAUGCGUGGCUUCUGCCGGCACAUGGGGACGCGCCUGCGGCUGGGGUGGGGAAGCUCACGUGUGGCUGUGGGGAUGGCCUUCGCCGCUGUGGUGUACCAGUACUGCAUCGAUUGGACCGCCUGUGAGUGAGAGAGUGAGGGCGGGAUGGGAGGGAGAGGAAUGGGUAUUUUUUCAGCUGAAUAGCUGAAGAAGGAGCAGGAGAAGAAACGAGAAGAGAUUUCGCUCUUGCGAAUGAGAAAGGGAUGCUGUUUCCCAUUUGUGGGGGAUGGGGGAUUGAGGGUUUACGGCGCGUCUGCACAGAGGAGCCUCCG